AAGUCAUCGAUGGAAACCAACGACAGCCAGCGGUUUAUUAAUUAAAACAGAACAAAAUGUUUGUAGUUCUACUAAAAGGCCAAAUUGUCUCACGCAGGGACUAUAUUUUGUUGUUGUGUUUCAUUACACAAUUGUAGUAUUUAAGCGCACAUUGGAUAAAAUAGGUUUAAUGUCAAUCUUUCAAGUGCUUGUGAUUUGCUUGUCUUCUUCUGAAGGGAGUUUUCACCGGGUCGCCAUAGAAACGGUCAAUUUGGACGACAAAGGCGUUUUAUCGCGUGAUCACUAAUUGUGCAUGUGAGCCUUAUAUUUAAUGGGUAAGGAUAAUGCAGUACUGAUAAGAAAGAUAGCAUGCAUUUGGUUGGCAAUGCAAGGGCGCAUUGUCUGAAUUACUAUGCAAGGUGUGUAAAUUGGUGUGCAGGAUAAACGUGGUCUUUAGUGGUGGGGGGGACUGACGGUAGACUCGCUUUAAUGCAAAGGUCUAGCUGUGAUUUAGGAGGCUUUGUAACCUGAAUUAGUUGAUGAAUUUUCUAUCGAUCCUAAACAAGCCCAGAUUCAUCUCUGACAGCCUUCCCCAGCACGCAGCGCACGCCAGGGCAUUCUCUCGCCGUUAUUAGCAGUGCAUUUAAAAGCUUGGCAAGGACGAACACGGGGCAUCACUUUCCCAGCACUUGUUUUUAAAUGCUCUAACCAAAAGAAACAAAUAAAAUUCGAGGAAUUAUAGCUUGACUGUGGAGUUCCACGCGCAACACUUCUUGUUUCUCUACCGUGUAAUGAAAUGGGGAGAUGAGGGGGCUGGCUUGUUCCUCUGCUCUGUAGACCGUUUGAAAACUGGUAUGUGUUUCUGGCGUGUGUACUUCGGUUUGUUAUUGUUGUGAUUCUCUCGCUUGCUUAUCUCGAGCGUGCCAUCGUGUAAAAAGAAUGCAACAUUCGAAUACCACAAAGUCUGCCCAGAUGAUGUGCGGGGUCGGUGACUGCUAUGCCUAAUCCUAUUUCCUUAUCCGGGAAUCGUCAGGAUCCACGCCAUUGGCUCCCGCUGUCACAUGGAUUCUUAACUUUGUUCACUUGACAGAAAGUAGGAGGGUUCAACGAAACAGGAAAACGAGUAAAGCGAUAGAUAUACAUUUUAGUAUAUUUUGUGUGCAAUUCAAAGAAAUUAAUGGCCAUGAGUUCCUAUUUGAUCAACUCCAACUAUGUGGACCCCAAAUUUCCACCCUGCGAGGAAUAUUCACAGAAUGACUACCUACCCAGUCACUCUCCGGACUACUACAGCGCCCAGAGGCAAGAGCCAGCGUUUCAGCAUGAGUCGAUCUACCACCAGCGGUCGGGCUGCGCCGACCCUCCUUACACGACGUGCCAGGGUCCGGGGCAGCCCGCGGUGGUGAUGUCUCCACGGGGUCACGUCCUCCCCCAAGCCGGACUCCCAACCCCUCUCCCGGAGCCUAGCCACCAUUGCGACUCGGUAACUCCAAGCCCUCCACCCGCAUGUGGCCAAAAUCCCCUCAACCAAAGCCCGUCCACGGUCAGCUCUCGCAAGGAUCCGGUGGUUUACCCCUGGAUGAAAAAAGUCCACGUAAACAUCGUGAAUCCAAAUUACACAGGGGUGGGUGAACCCAAGCGCUCGCGGACGGCCUACACGAGACAGCAAGUCCUGGAGCUGGAGAAGGAGUUCCACUAUAACCGCUAUCUGACCAGAAGACGCAGAGUGGAGAUCGCGCACACCCUGUGUCUCUCUGAGCGCCAGAUCAAAAUCUGGUUCCAGAACAGGCGGAUGAAAUGGAAGAAGGACCACAAGUUGCCCAAUACCAAGAUCCGGUCCAACAGUAACUCCAACAACACAAACUCGCAAAGCACCGGCCUUGCGCUGGGGAGCUCUCAGAACCGAACCAGCGGGCCUCCAGCGAGCCUAUAGCCUCCCCCCUUUAUCCGUUCACCCACCAUGCACUUUGAAACCCGUUUCUGAAGUGGGAUACACGGAUUCCACCAUGUUUGACCUACCCUCUUCUAUUCAAUUACAGGGAUCUAACAUGAGAGGGAGAGGACGGGGAGUAAAUGGGCAGAAGAGAAUAUGUAGGGGAGAAGACUCAUACACUUCCAAUAGUGUGGUCGAGGCCUGAUCCAGUUCCCUUUUUUAUUCCCUGCCUCUCUCCAUCUCUCUCUCGUUUCUCUCUUUCCCUCUCCCCCUCCAUUACAACAGAAGGCGGUAGAUAGUUUUCAGAUUUGGUGAAGAUGGAUCCGUGUUUCAUCUUUAAUCAUGCCGAACUCGGCCCCAUUUGUCAUGUUUACUCUGCGGUACAAAGGACGAACCAUGGGCCUUCCUAUUACCGCGACGUCCAACGUUGUGUUUAAUAAAUGAGACCCUUUUUUUCGCCAAGAGUGGUUUUCUUACUCCCUUUUCUCUCCACACUACCCAAAAAAAUACACCGAAUAUGUUCUCCAAACAUGAAGUUUUUUUGUAAGAGAAAAUAUAGCUGAUUCUCAGUUUUAGUAUUUGUUUAUCGAACCCAACUAUAUCAAGACUGACAACGAUUUGUGAGGUCCGUCGGUAGCUUGUUUUUGCAGGGACUUUCUCUUUGUUUCAAUGGCAGAAAGACAGUGUGCAUUCGAACAAAAGAGGUUAAACCACAAGGGAUAGUCCUUUCAGUGGAAUGAUAACGCUGGACUUAUAGAAACAUAUGAACCAAAACCUGGUACAAACCUACCUAAGCAUUAUAAACAGCACUACGUUGUACUCAAACUUACCUCAAUUGUACUCGUGUUCAUUAUGUUCUUGCCUUGUGUUAUGAAGUGACAGGUUUGAGCAAAUUUUAUGGCAAGUAUCUGCAAUACGAACAUAUCCAUUUCUUGUAAGUGAAAUGUAAUUUAAGCAUUUGUGUUGGCCAGGGUUGUAAAGACAAAAAAGGUGCGUAUAUUGCAUGACUGAAUACAAAUUUAUUUUAUAUUUUAUCUUUCUCUAUCUGUUUUUCUUUCUUUGCACAUGAACAUGCGCACACACUCUUCCUCUGUCCUUUCUCCCCCUCACGCUUACUUUUCACCCUAUGUCAUUUGGGGUACAUUUUUUUUUCUCACGUUUUUCACGUGUCUUUUUUAUUUACAUUCCAAAGAUCAGUCCUUUCGCUGAUAACGUCGAAAUUGUAUUUUUUUCUUCAUCCAUAUUUGUAUGUUGCAGUUGUUCCUGCUUCUUCUCCUCACUGUCUACCUAUUAUUUGUAAAUAGCUAUAGAAAUUUAAUAAAUGGCUGAAAAAGCAUAAUUCUA